GAAACUGAGAGAUCUGGGCUGGGAACACCAUUUCUAGGGAUCUGGAAGCAGCUGUGGUACUUAGCUGGGAAGAGGGCAAUACAAAAAGCCAAGCAUGGCCUUUCCCAGGAGGAAGGGAAGACGCCUGAGGAGCCAGGAAAAGGGAUACAAUGUGGGUCCUGACUGGUUUAGGUAGGCCUAGCAGGGAUUGAAGGGCCUACAGGAAGACCCACACCUGGCAGCCUUGGGAUCAAAGUCUUCCACCUGCCAGAUUCACUCUACAAAUUAGGGACCCGUCGCUGUCACUAUUCUGACCUCAAAGAGGUGAUCCGCCACAAUAGGAGUCUGAGAAUUCAGUAGUAUGGGUUUGGAAGAAUGGUGGACACCCUUAGAAGGCCUAGCGACCAGGCAGCAGAGGCCUUUCUUUCUCCCUCUCAGCCCCAGUUUCCUCAGGCAGGGGGCCUGGCCCCAUAGCCUCCCAGGGCAGCCCUUUGAGCACCACCUGCCCCAGCCGGCCAGAGACUUCCUGUAGCGCAAGAGAUUUAUGCAAACGGGCUGGGGCGGUGAUGUCACCCCAAGGGGACUAUCUCCCAGUGGCAGGCCCUUCGAUAAAAUCAGGAACUUGUGCUGGCCCUGCAAUGUCAAGGGAGGGGGCUCACCCAGGGCUCCUGUAGCUCAGGGGGCAGGCCUGAGCCCUGCGUCUGACCCACGCGCGUCCAGCCCCCCUGACGGGGCACCCGGUCCUGAGGGGAUCCACACUGAUCCCCACCGAGGCAGGGGAUCUGACCAACUUGGAGCUCAGCUGGAUGUUACAGGCGUGCAAAAUGGAAGGGUUUCCCCUCGUCCCCCCUCCAUCGGACGAACUGGUUACUUAUGAUUCUGAACUCUACUCACGCCAAACACAAGACUACUAUGCCUUUAUGGGCAGCGAUGGAGACAGCCAUAGUGAUCAUUACUGGGAUUUCCCCACACACCAUGUACACAGCGAAUUCGAGAGCUUCCCUGAGAAUCACUUCACGGAGCUGCAGAGUGUGCAGGCCCCGCAGCUGCAGCAGCUCUACCGUCACAUGGAGCUGGAGCAGAUGCAUGUCCUCGAUACCCCCAUGGCGCCACCCCAUGCCAGCCUCAGCCACCAGGUUUCCUACGUGCCCCGGAUGUGCUUCCCUUACCAGUCCUUGUCCCCAGCCCGCCAGCAGAGCUCAGAUGAGGAGGAGGGUGAGAGGCAGAGCCCCCCAUUGGAGGUGUCCGAUGGGGAGGCUGAUGGCUUGGAACCUGGGCCUGGUCUUCUGCAUGGGGAGACAGGCAGCAAGAAGAAGAUUCGCCUGUACCAGUUCCUGCUCGACUUGCUGCGCAGCGGCGACAUGAAGGACAGCAUCUGGUGGGUGGACAAGGACAAGGGCACCUUCCAGUUCUCAUCCAAGCACAAGGAGGCGCUGGCGCACCGCUGGGGCAUCCAGAAGGGCAACCGCAAGAAGAUGACCUACCAGAAGAUGGCGCGCGCGCUGCGCAACUACGGCAAGACCGGCGAAGUGAAGAAAGUCAAGAAGAAGCUCACCUACCAGUUCAGCGGCGAGGUGCUAGGCCGCGGAGGCCUGGCUGAGCGGCGCCUCCCGCCGCACUGAUCGCCCGCAGAGCCCGCCAGGCCCCCGGCCCCCGCCGGCCACAGCAUUAACCCCUCGCCGGGCCCGGACACAGGGAGGACAUUCCCAGGGCCGAGGCAGGACUAGGGGCCCGGCCUCGCCCUCCCACGCCCGGCCUGGCCCGUCCCGCCCCGCUUCGCCUCCCACCAGGACUCUAGCCCGGCCCAAUGGCCGCCUGGGCCUCGGACCCCACCCGAGGGUCAGCCUGGCUUAAUGGCCACGGUGCUUCCUUGGGAGUCUGGCGUCGGUACAUCUUUGUAUAUUGAAUGCUCUUUUUAAGGCUCUUCCUCUCCCUACCUCCCCCACCCACUAGCCUACCAAAGACAAGUAAAAUUAUUCUCAGCUAUUCUCCCA